ACUCAUUUAUCACUGCUCUCUUCCUUGCAUUACCCUUUUCACUUUCAAAUUGCAUACUUGAUAAACUUCUCCCUCUAAUAUUCAAUCCAAAUUGCAAACUCCUUUAACUUUAAUAAUUGCUUCUGCGCCUUUGUCUUAUAUCCUUCACUGUUGAUUUGGGUCUGUGCUUCAAUGGCUUCAUUUUCAGCUUCUCUUCUUAGGUUCCAACCAUCGCUUCAUCAUUCCAAGACUAGCCUGAUAGCAAGCAGACAUAGUUUAAAGUUGGUUUCAGUCAGUUGGGCAAAGAUUGGGUUCCCUAGCUUAAAGACCAAUGGUUUUCGCGUCUCCUGUGCGCAGGCAAAGCCAGCGACGGUAGAGAAAGUGUGUGACAUUGUAAGGAAACAACUUGCUUUGACUCCAGAGAAAGAGCUCACCCCUGCAACUAAAUUCUCAGAACUUGGUGCUGAUUCCCUCGAUACUGUGGAGAUAGUGAUGGGAUUGGAGGAAGAAUUUGGCAUUAGCGUGGAAGAGGAGAAUUCUCAAAACAUAACAACAGUCCAGGAAGCAGCAGACUUGAUAGAGAAUCUACUUGAAAAGAAAGCUGGAGCUGGAGCUGGAGCUGGAAGUUAAGUUUUUGGAAUGCAAGGGUAGAUUUGCCUUAUUUUAUUAAUUUCACCGUCUCUCUAGAAAGCUAGCUAGCUAGAUUGAUUGAACUUCAAGUUUUGUAAUUUAUUGGUUGCGGAAGUAAUGGAGAAUUUUCCUUUAUCGGAUGCAUAAUGUUUAAGCAUAGAUUUGCCUAAA